ACGCCUGCGGCGCCUGGAGUCCCGCUGUGCCGAGCUCGGCCAUGGACCCGAUCCGGAGCUUCUGCGGGAAGCUGCGGUCUCUGGCCAGCACGCUAGACCGCGAGACGGCCCGGCUGCAGCGGGCGCUGGACGGAGAGGACAGCGACUUUGAAGAUCAUCCAAUGAGAAUUUUACAUGACCUUCAUUCAGAAGUCCAGACUCUAAAGGAUGAUGUUUAUAUUCUUCUUGAUAAAGUAAAAUUGGAAAAUCGAGAAAGCAUUGCUUUCAUAAAGGCAACAAAAGUACUGAUGAAAAAAAAUUCAGCAGAUAUCACGAAAAUGAGAGAGUUUUUCCAGAAGUAUGGAUAUAAUCCACGUGCCAAGAAAAAUUCAGUAUGUGAGCAAGAAGUCAAUGACUCUACCCCAGAGUUGGCUAAGUGUGAAAAAUUUCAAAAGCCUGAUGUGAAGGAUGAUCUGUCUGAUCCUCCUGUUCCAAGCAGUUCUGUUUCUCAGAAGUCUCUGUGUAGUCCACAACUUUCAGAUUUUGGACUUGAGCAAUAUAUGAUAUCGCAAGUUCUACCAAACCCUACACAGGCGGUAAACAAUCAUAAGCAAGAACCCAAAAUUGUAACUCCACCUACCAAGCAAUCACUAGUUAAAGUACUAAAAACUCCAAAAUGUGCACUAAAGAUGGAUGAUUUUGAGUGUGUAACUCCUAAAUUAGAACACUUUGGUAUCUCUGAAUGUACUAUGUGUUUAAAUGAAGAUUACACAAUGGGACUUAAAAAUGUGAAGAAUAAGAAAAGUGAGGAGCCGGUAGAAACAGAGCCCAAGGCCAAUCAUAAUUUUUUUGCCACUCCUGGCCCCAUAAUGCAGCAAUUGAAAAAAAGCGAUGCCGAGAAUAUGAAUUCCCCCUUGGCACCUACAUUCUGCACUCCUGGUUUGAAAAUUCCUUCUACAAAGAACAGCACUGCUUUGGUAUCCACAAAUUACCCAUUAUCAAAAAGAAACAGUGCAUCAGAUGAUUUGGAAGUUAAAGAUUGCACUUCAUUAGUUUUAAGUUCAGAUGAGUGCUUCGAGAAUUUUGCAGAGCCUUCUUCUCCUACAAUUUCUUCUUAUGAGAAUCUGCUCAGAACGCCUCCACCUCCAGAAGUAACUACAAUUCCAGAAGAUAUUCUCCAGAUUUUAUCAAAAUACAACUCAAACGUAGUUCCAGUAGCUGUUGAAGCAGUGCCACCCAGUAAAGUGUUCCUUAAAUAUGGACGGGAUAUCCAAGAUGUUGGCAACAAAGAAAACUGAAAUUCUAGUGGAUCUGUCCAUUAUAGAAACUGAGGAGAAUGAGAUGAAAGCAGAGCUGGACUUACUGUGUUAUUCACAUGUUCCCCUCCCUCUUUCCUCCUUAUUAAAGAGGAGCAUGGACACUGAUGUCAUAAUAUGCUGUUUAUGAAGUUUUGAUUUGGUUUAACCUGUCUUGUUGAUACGUACUUCAGUCAUUCUAUUUUUAAAGAUUAUUCCUGUUUCAUUGAUAUUACUCUGCUUAAUCUAACAGAAUAGUUUAAUUGUUAUCAGAAAGUAAGACAAAUAAAUUAAAAAUUUAACUGCUA